AAUAUUCAUUGGAAUUUUUGGAGAUCCCUCCUUCUGCACACCCUUUUUGUCCAGUGACUAGAGUCUUUAUCAGCACUGCAUUAUUACAAGUUGAUUAUGUUAUGACAAUUCACAAGCUAUUUAUUUAGUUGUUAUUUGUAUCAGGCUUGUCAAGUGAUCACAGGAUACUCUGGAGAGACCUCACUAGUCACAUAAGCUGGAGAUGUUUGAUCUUAGCAGCAUCACAUAUCUUCAGUUUGGGACAUCAUGGCUGCAGCUACGCUUGCCUUGCUUGUGUGAGAAUGCUAGCAUAGUUCUUCAACUAGGCUUCCUAGGAUUCUUACUACUCUACUGUGUGUGGAAAACUGUUUUAUCUUUGGGCAAAAACAAUACAAGUGCAUAUAGCGGAGAAAAAUACAAAAUGGAUGCAAUUGUUGGCCUUUCUUACAAGGUUUGCCUAGUUUGCUCCAUUUUGUUGCUGGGAUCUCUAGUAGCAACUCUCUUUAUGCCACAAAGUAAAAGUGGGACAGAAUGCAAGAUGCCAGGUCCAAUUCUUACCUCCGAGAUCUUGCAAGCAAUAGUUUGCGCUAUUACAUUGAUUGCACUGUACAAAGUGAAGAAAGACAAGUGCGGCAAGUACCCUUUGUUUCUAAGAAUCUGGUGGAUGUGCAGCUUCAUAAUGUCUCUUGCAAAAGCAGUUCUCGAGGCUCAUCAUGCACUUGUAUACCACUCCGAUAUCACAAUACUUAAUUACAUUGAUUUUUUUGCUCUUAUUGCAUGUACCUGUUUACUGGUUAUUUCAGUUCGAGGAAAGACUGGCAUCGUCAUCAACUUGCCAAAUGGUAUUAGUGAGCCACUUCUAAAUGGAGAUUCUGAGAAGAAUCCAGAUGAGAAAAGGGACUGUCCAUAUGGAAAAGCAACUCUCCUACAACUCGUAACCUUUUCUUGGCUCAACCAAUUGUUUGCAGUUGGAAUAAAGAAGCCCCUUGACCAAGAUGAAGUUCCUGAUGUAGACAUCAAAGACUCUGCUGGAUUUCUUUCUCAUUCAUUUGAUGAAAGCUUAAACCAUGUUAGAGAGAGAUAUGGAACUGCAAAACCAUCUAUAUACAAGGCUAUCUAUAGUUUUGGAAGGAAGAAAGCAGUGAUUAAUGCAUUUUUUGCAGUAAUCAGUGCUGUAGCAUCAUACGUUGGCCCCUACUUAAUUAGUGACCUUGUUACAUUCCUUAAUGAAAAGAAUACCCGGAGUUUAAAGAGCGGAUACCUACUUGCACUUGGUUUCCUUAGUGCAAAAAUUGUUGAGACAGUAGCACAAAGGCAAUGGAUAUUUGGUGCUCGCCAACUAGGCCUUCGGGUUAGAGCUGCUCUAAUUGCUCACAUCUACAAAAAGGGUCUUGUAUUAUCAAGUCAAUCCUGUCAAAAGCACACAAGUGGAGAGAUCAUCAACUAUAUGAGUGUUGACAUCCAAAGAAUCACUGAUUUCAUGUGGUACAUCAACAUAAUCUGGAUGUUGCCCAUUCAGAUUUCCUUGGCUAUCCUUAUUUUACACACAAAUCUAGGAAUGGGGUCCAUGGUGGCAUUAGCAGCAACAAUGGUAGUAAUGAUGAUCAACAUACCAAUGACCAAAAUCCAAAAGGGAUACCAAUCUAAGAUAAUGGAAGCGAAGGAUGAUCGAAUGAAAUCCACUUCAGAAAUUCUUCGAAACAUGAAAACACUGAAACUUCAAGCAUGGGACAGUCAUUAUCUUCGAAAGCUAGAAAGCCUCAGGAAAACAGAAUACAAAUGGCUUUGGAAGUCACUUAGGUUGCAAGCAAUAACGGCCUUUAUCUUUUGGGGAUCACCAACAUUCAUUUCUGUUCUAACUUUUGGCGGAUGUGUCCUUAUGGGAAUUCCACUUACAGCUGGGAGAGUGUUAUCUGCAUUGGCUACAUUUAGAAUGCUACAAGAUCCUAUCUUCAACCUACCUGAUCUUCUCAAUGUGAUUGCACAGGGUAAAGUUUCUGCAGAUAGAAUUGCUUCAUACCUCCAAGAAGAAGAAAUUCAGACAGGUGCAGUACAAUAUGUUUCGAGGGAUGAAUCAGAAUUUGACAUUGAGAUCGAAGGUGGGAAGUUUAGCUGGGAUUUCAAAUCAUCACGCGCAACUCUUGAUGGAAUAGAAUUAAAAGUUAAGAGAGGAAUGAAGGUAGCUAUUUGUGGGACGGUAGGGUCAGGGAAGUCUAGUUUGCUAUCAAGCAUACUAGGAGAGGUUACAAAGGUAUCAGGGACCGUGAAAGUUAGUGGUACAAAGGCUUACGUUCCUCAAUCUCCAUGGAUACUGACAGGAAACGUUAGAGAGAAUAUACUGUUUGGUAACUCUUAUGAUAGCACCAAGUAUGAUAGAACAAUCCAAGCAUGCGCUUUGGUCAAGGAUUUUGAAUUAUUUUCCACUGGCGACUUAACAGAGAUUGGAGAACGAGGGAAAAAUAUGAGUGGAGGCCAGAAGCAAAGAAUACAAAUUGCUCGGGCAGUCUAUGAUGACGCUGAUAUUUAUCUGCUUGACGACCCUUUCAGUGCUGUGGAUGCACAUACAGGCAGACAACUCUUUGAGGAAUGUCUAAUGGGGAUUCUCAAGGAAAAGACCAUACUUUAUGUCACUCACCAAGUUGAGUUUCUUCCAGCAGCAGAUUUGAUCCUGGUGAUGCAGAAUGGCCGAAUCGCACAAGCUGGUACGUUUGAAGAACUUAUGAAGCAAAAUAUUGGAUUUGAAGUUCUAGUUGGUGCUCAUAGUCAGGCUUUAGAUUCAGUCUUAACAGUAGAAACUGCAAGUAGAGCAACUCAAAAUGCAUCAAAUGAUGGUGAAUUAACUACAGAACCAACCCCAGUUGAUGAAUUUCCACACACUAAACAAGAUUCAGAACACAACCUUAGUGUAGAAAUAAAUGAGAAGGAAGGAAGAUUAGUGAAUGAAGAAGAAAGAGAAAAAGGAAGCAUUGGAAAGGAAGUUUAUUUGUCUUACUUGACCAUUGUAAAAGGUGGCGCCUUAGUUCCGAUUAUACUUUUAGCCCAAUCAUCUUUCCAAGUGCUGCAGAUAGCCAGCAACUACUGGAUGGCAUGGGCUUGUCCAACAGAUGAUGCUGAAAAAGUAACAGGGAUGAAUUACAUACUAUUUAUUUAUGUACUGUUUUCUGUUGGAAGUUCACUUUGUGUGCUUUUACGAGCAUCACUUGUGGCUAUAACGGGUCUUGCAGCAGCAGAGAAGCUCUUUCACAACAUGCUACAUAGUGUUCUCCGUGCACCUAUGGCAUUCUUUGAUUCAACUCCCUUCGGAAGAAUAUUAAAUCGGGCAUCCACUGACCAAAGUGUACUUGACCUGGAAAUAGCAAACAGAAUAGGUUGGUGCGCUUUCUCAAUCAUACAAAUCAUUGGCACCAUUACUGUAAUGUCCCAGGUUGCUUGGGAAGUAUUCAUCAUCUUCAUUCCGGUGACAGCCAUUUGCAUCUGGUACCAAAAAUAUUAUAUACCUACUGCAAGAGAACUGGCACGCCUAUCAGGGAUAGAAAGAGCUCCGAUCCUGCACCACUUUGCUGAGUCACUGUCAGGAGCAGCAACUAUCCGUGCUUUUGACCAAAAAAGGCGCUUUACCGAUGCAAAUCUUUGCCUGGUUGACAACCACUCAAGGCCAUGGUUUCAUAAUGUUGCGGCAAUGGAGUGGCUUUCAUUCAGACUGAACCAGUUAUCCAAUUUUGUAUUUGCCUUCUCACUGGUUUUGCUUAUCUCUCUCCCAGAAGGAAUCAUCGAUCCAAGUAUUGCAGGUUUGGCUGUGACAUAUGGGAUUAAUCUGAAUGUCCUGCAAGCUUCAGUUAUAUGGAAUAUUUGCAAUGCUGAAAAUAAAAUGAUUUCAGUUGAAAGAAUUCUUCAAUAUUCCAAUAUUACUAGUGAAGCACCUCUAGUAAUUGAAGAUUCUAGACCACCAAACAACUGGCCAGAGACUGGAACAAUUCGCUUCAAGAACUUACAAAUUCGUUAUGCUGAACAUCUUCCAUCUGUCCUGAAAAAUAUAACCUGCACUAUCCCUGGAAAGAAGAAAGUUGGAGUAGUAGGAAGGACUGGGAGUGGAAAAUCAACCCUCAUACAAGCUAUCUUUAGGGUUGUUGAACCCAGAGAAGGAAGCAUAAUUAUUGAUAAUAUUGACAUAUGCAAGAUAGGCCUUCAUGACUUGAGAUCAAAUCUUAGCAUCAUUCCACAGGACCCAACAAUGUUCGAGGGAACAGUAAGAGGAAAUCUUGACCCACUGCAGCAAUAUUCUGAUACUGAAAUUUGGGAGGCUUUAGACAAAUGUCAGCUAGGCGACACAGUUCGGGCAAAGGAUGAGAAGCUGGAUUAUACAGUUGUUGAGAAUGGUGAAAAUUGGAGUGUGGGACAGCGGCAGUUAUUCUGCCUUGGAAGAGCUUUGCUUAAGAAAAGCUGCAUUCUAGUUCUAGAUGAAGCAACAGCUUCUGUAGACUCUGCAACUGAUGGAAUAUUACAAAAAAUUAUUAGUCAGGAGUUCAAAGACCGCACGAUUUUAACAAUAGCUCACAGAAUCCACACAGUCAUCGACAGUGACUUCGUAUUAGUCCUUAGUGACGGGAGAAUAGCAGAGUACGACACUCCAGCAAGGCUUCUAGAGAGAGACGAUUCGUUCUUCUCGAAGCUCAUCAGAGAGUACUCCAUGAGUUCACAAAGUCUCAGCAACUUAGCAAAGUAGCUAGCUAGCUAGUAAACCUCAAUGACAGUCCCUACAAGACAUUGUAGUGUUUAAACACUUCCAGGGGAUUUCAAAGAAAUUUGUUACAGCGGUAAUAAAGUACAAUGGUCAUGCAUAGUAGUAUCGAAUGAUCUCUCCAAUACAUGCUGAAGUUUUCGACAAGUCAAUUGAUGAAGAAGGGAAUUGUCUGGCAGGGAUAAUAUUAAUGCAUGCGAUGAAAUGGUGGCUACUUCAUAUUGUGUUACGAAAACAGUAAAACUAAGUUGUACUCAGAAUUACUCUGCCAAGUGCUAAUGAAUGCUACUCAACUCGGAGUUCUUUGUGCAGUAGACUUCUUAAGAUUUCGAGACAACUUAUCCAAUGAAGUGGUCUGGUAAGUUAAUGCGAUAAGGUUGGAGUUUAGAAUGUUCUUUGGGUCUUCUGACUUAUCGAAUUUUCUAUGGUGUGCCCAUGGGCACACAAUACUCACUUACUCCUAUGAAAAUAGUUUUUGAUUGGUGGAUGGAUAAUAAAUGUUUAUGGCCCCCCCUGCAUUUACACCAAUUCCACCAAUCAAAUGAAGCCAUUUUCAUGAGAGUUGGUGCUUAUUGUGUGCCCUUGGGCACACAUUAGAAAAACCGUUGACUUAUUUAAGAUUUACUAGCUUAUAAGCUGUGCAACGCACAGACGGUUAUGAUAUUUAUUAUUUUAUUAUAUAUUUUUAAAUUAAUUAA